AUGGGCAACCCUAACUGCUGCAGCGUUGCUGCCUCGCUGAUCCUUGAUCACCAGAACGAGCAACCUCAAUGUCCCCUACCUUUUUGUGCAUUGAUCUUCAUCUGUGGCGGGCUGCCUCUACCCAUUCUCGCCAGCUGGGGCCUACCCAUCUCAGCCGCUGCUUGGGAGGUCCACGAACGCACUGCGCAUGAGCUCUGGGAGCAAGCAGGAGCGGUAGAGAGCAUUCUGACAGCUUGCCAGGCUAGACUCGACGCAGUGCAAGCUUGGCCUACGGCGAACAGGCUGUUCGCCGAUCCAGAAAGCAAAAAUCUCUGCACCCCGGCCGCCAUUGACCCGCACAACGUCUUUAGACUGGGCCUGACUUGA